GGCCAGAGUGCGCGGAGGAAGAAAGGAGAGGGGGAAGAAGGAGAGAAAGGCGGGUUCAGUUGGUUGAGGCCGUCACCACCGCGAAGCACCAUGUGGAGGUUAAGGUCACCUCGAAUCUCUCAUCUGGUUGGUGGAUUGAGUCAAAUUAACAUACUAAGUGAUGUGAAGGUGCAGCACCAUCGUUGCUGUCAAACUGUUGUGUCGCCUCCUCCAUGGAGUUUGCAACAGACAAAAUAUGAUCCUCCUGACACCGUAGUUCCGAGGAGUUAUAUUGGGGAAAACGUAUCCAGAAAAGAUAGGACCAAAUAUCUUUACUCUACACUUCUUGAACUCAACGACAGUAAGGAUGCUGUUUAUGGUGCUCUUGAUGCAUGGGUUGCGUGGGAGCAAAGCUUCCCCAUCGCCUCAUUGAAAAGAAUAUUGAAUUCCCUCGAGAAGGAGCAGCAGUGGCAUAGGGUUGUGCAGGUAAUUAAAUGGAUGCUGAGCAAAGGGAAGGGGAUGACAAUGGGAACGUAUGGUCAAUUGAUACGAGCUUUAGAUAUGGACCAUAGAGUGGAAGAAGCCCACAAAUUCUGGGAAAUGAAAAUUGGUUCUGAUUUGCAUUCAGUUCCUUGGCAAGUAUGUCAUGUCAUGAUAUCUGUAUAUUACCGAAACAACAUGCUGGAAGAUCUUGUUAAGCUUUUCAAGGGGCUGGAAGCUUUUGAUCGAAAACCGCGGGAUAAAUCUAUUAUUCAGAAAGUGGCAAAUGCAUAUGAGAUGUUAGGCUUAGUUAAAGAGAAAGAGAAGGUACUGGCAAAAUAUAGCCAUCUCUUCACAGAGGAAGGACCAACUAAACCGCAUAGAAGGAACUCAUUUGAGUCAAAGAAAGGUAUGCAUCGUACCUCAGAAAAACCAUGUCAAAGGCAAUCUAGAAAUGUUUCGUCUGAGGAGAAGUAGAAGUCAGGAAGUCGGAUGUUAUUCUUUCACAUCGAUAAAAUUGUUCGGUUAAGGUUAAAACAGUGCAAGACCAAAGUUUUCAGAGUUCAGCUACACUCCUACGCAAAAACUCGUUUCAGAAGAAAUGCUUGUUAUUCCUGCUCAUCCGUUGGAUAUUCUGAAGAAGCUGUUUGGUUUUUUGACUGAUGCGAUUCUGCUAAUUCUGUCGCGGGAAGAACAAAAAGAUUCCCAGCUGGAUAUUACAUUUCAUGUGUACUAUUUUCUGAUGACUUGAUAUAUUCUUGUAUGAUAGCCCCAUGUGCGGGAAGCCUAUGAAAGAUAGAAGCUCGCGUCACCUUGGGGAAACGGAACCAAACGUAUGUCUGCACUAGACGUCAAAAGCUGUUCUAUGUUAUAAAAUAGUUUCUUCUUUUUGUUUGGAUAGGUUAAUUUAGGCAAAAGAAAUGAGAAAAAGAAGCUGUUCCAA